AUGUCUACCUACCCGACGCCCAAGUCCCCCACUGCCCAGUCAGGCAAAGCCCCUGACCCCUCCCAAUCUCCCGAGCUUUCGGACUCGGAGUUCUUGGAGGACGCGGCUUUGACUGCCUCACCAAAGACGUCCAGCGGUGCCAGGCCCGCGAUCUUUUCGGCCUUGGGUUUGGACUUCGGUCCUCGCGUCUGCACCCCCCAGAACACCCCCAUGGCCGGCUCGCAGCAGUCCAUGACGAGCGAGACCGCCGUCGCCGGCACUCCUAGCGAGGGCGGAUUCGAAACGAGCAGCACAAGGGCGAAGAGGCGCUUCCCUGCUGCCAAGAUCACCGAGACGUACAAUGCCAACAAGCGCAUGAGGUUGAGCGACCACAACGGUGGUGAAGUCCCUGCUGCUGCUUCCGACAAGGAAGCCACGCCCAAGAGAGAGGACUCUCUCAUUUCACACUUGUCGGCCGCGCCCGCUCCUCCCCAGCAGCCAGUCCCGGUCAGCAGAGGUGAUGAAACUUUUGAGUUCAUCGACCUCAAGUGCGGCGAGCGCCAGCAGGUCAUCAACACCACAGGCCGCACAAUCGAUUGCACGGUCACCCAGGGCCUCGUCAGGGUCACUCUCGCUAACCCGAUGUUGAGGGUCUUCACUUUGGGCGCGAAGGCCUUUUUUAAGCUCGAGGAAGGGGACGUCUGUACUAUGGUGAAUGCGGCGAACUGGGGACAGACCGCGGUUAUUUUCCUGUUGGGCAAGCCUGUUGCUGGCCGUGUUUAA